AUGAGCUCCCCAUGUACCAAGAGCACUACAAUGCUCUUCUCCAUGGACUUCAUGGACACCAAGUACCCACAUGUUGACACAAUGAAGGCCCUUGGAAUCUUUGAAGAUGUGGAGUUGGUCUCAAGAACAUGCACUUGGCCAAGCUCUUCUCUACCACAUGGAAUCCUACAAGGAGCUCACUUGCGAGUUCCUAGCUUCAAUGAGGCAGCUGGAAAUCUUGUUUGGGUUCAACUAUGGAGAGGGACCAAGUGGAACUUCAAGGAAAAGGAACUCCAAAGGGUUUGGGCUACAAUCGCUGAUGGAGUGUACUCUUCCUCAAGGUCCAAGGCAGCUCAGAUCAGGAGCCCAGUCUUGAGGUAUGUGCACAAGGCACUUGCCAACACCUUCUUUGCAAGGAAGGCACCGGGACCAUCAACGAGGGGGAACUCAAGUUUCUUGACAUGGGAAUCAAGCCCCUUCUCUCACGCACAAGCGAUGGCAAGAGGAUCAGGGGAGAUAGAUCUGACACAGGGAACUUGA